GCUAUACAACAAGACCAUGGCACUCUGCCUCCACUAGACAUAUUUUUUUUUUUUAUAACAAAAACUAUAUAAAAUGGAAGAGAUUAAUAUAUACUUCAGAAGAAAAUUAUAUAUAGGGAGGGCAGAAACUAGUCUUCAUAUUGCUAUUGUAGUUUACUUGUUUUUCUCUUUCUUUUGAAUUGGCUAGCUACUCAAAAUAAGUUUCCUCAACAACAAUGGAAGAAGAGUUAAUUGAUGGAAAAGUUGAUUGGAGAGGAAGAACAGCUGUGAGACACAAACAUGGGGGGAUGAAAGUUUCUUUGCUUGUACUAGGGACUUUUGCAUUUGAGAACAUGGCAACACUAUCACUAGCAGUGAACUUGGUGUCAUACUUCAUUGGUGUUAUGCAUUUUGACCUAGCAGGUGCAGCUAACAUGGUAACUAAUUUCGCCGGAGUUAGUUACCUGCUCUCCAUUGUUGUAGCCGUUAUCGCUGAUACAUGGAUUGGAAGAUACAAAUCCGUUAUUAUUUCUGGCUUCUUUGAGUUUUUGGGACUGGUGUUUCUCACAAUACAAGCACAUUACCCUAACCUGAAGCCAGCCAUAUGCAACCCCAAUGACAAAAAUGCAGUGUGUGAAAAAGUCAAAGGCAGCCAAGAAGCUUUCCUCUUCAUUGGUCUCUACUUGUUAGCCUUUGGAAGUGCAGGCUUGAAAGCAUCUUUACCAUCACAUGGUGCUGACCAAUUUGAUGAAAGAAAUCCUAAAGAAGCAAAACAAAUGUCCAGCUUCUUUAAUUGUCUCUUAUUAGCAGUUUGUGUUGGUGGUUCUGUCAGUUUAACAUUCAAUGUUUGGAUACAAGAUAGCAAGGGAUGGGAUUGGGGUUUUGGAAUCUCCACCAUUGCUAUUGUCUUUGCUACAAUCAUCUUUGCCUUUGGAUUGCCACUAUACAGAAUUCAUGUUGCACAAAGAAGUAAUUGCCUUAUUGAGAUCAUUCAGGUGUACAUUGCUGCGAUUCGCAACAGAAAGCUUCCCCAUCCAGCAGACUCUGAAGAACUAUAUGAAAUUGAACAGGACAAAGAAGCUGCAAUGGAAUUGGAGUUUCUACCUCAUAGAGACAUAUUUAGGUUCUUGGACAAAGCAGCCAUAGAAAGAAAAUCUGAUGAUGCACAACCAGAGAAACAACAGAAUCCAAGCCCAUGGAAACUAUGCAGAGUUACACAAGUAGAAAAUGCUAAAAUAAUCCUAAGCAUGAUUCCAAUAUUCUGCUGCACAGUCAUAAUGACACUUUGCUUAGCACAGCUUCAAACUUUCUCGGUUCAACAAGGCUUUACAAUGGACACAAGAAUCGGCAAACAUUUCCACAUCCCACCAGCAUCACUACCAAUCAUCCCGGUCGGAUUCUUAAUCAUUAUAAUCCCUUUCUACGACCGAAUCUGCGUGCCACUUCUUCGUAAAUUCACCGGCAUUCCAACCGGCGUUACACACCUGCAGCGAAUAGGCGUCGGCCUAGUACUAUCCUGCAUCUCGAUGGCAAUUGCGGCAAUCGUAGAAGUGAAAAGAAAAAACGUUGCUAGAGACAAUAACAUGCUUGAUGCUAUUCCAGGAGAACAACCAUUACCUUUGAGUAUAUUUUGGCUAUCAUUUCAAUACUUCGUGUUCGGUAUAGCCGAUAUGUUUACCUAUGUUGGACUCCUUGAGUUUUUCUAUUCACAAGCACCAAAAGGACUUAAAUCUACAUCAACAUGUUUCCUAUGGAGUUCUAUGGCAAUUGGAUAUUUUCUAAGUAGCAUAAUGGUGCAAAUUGUGAAUAGGGCUACCAAGAAUCAUACUGCAAGUGGUGGAUGGUUAGCAGGGAAUAAUAUUAACAGAAACCAUUUGAAUCUUUUCUACUUAUUGCUUUCUUUGCUGAGUUUGAUCAAUUUCUGUGGCUAUUUGGUAGUUUCAAAGAGGUACAAAUAUAGGCCACAAGCUCCUGCAGUUAAAGAUGUGGAUUCUCAAUAGGGAAUAUAUGAUUAUUAACAUAUAGUAAGUGAAAAAUUAUGUUAUGCUUUUUUUAUAUGUCAAAUGUAAGUUUCUUUUC